UCAAAAUAAAAAAAAGUAUGAAUAAGACAAUCUAGCCGCUCACACCUUUUCCCUAUUAUUCAUUUGAUUUAUUCCCAGUUAGAUAUGCUCAAAUUGCUCUCUUGUCUUGAUUAGAAUAUCCACAAACACGCUUUCAUAAACACACCAAGUAACUUGUGCUCAAAAAGUUCUCAAGAGUGAAGAUUUCUCUUUUAUUAACGAAAUUGUAUAAUUAUAAACAACAGUAAAAAAUAAUUAAUCAAGAUCUAUGCACACACCCACGUAUCUGUAUAUAAUAAUAAGUUCAUAUUCUCCUGUCCAAAGAUAUAUCACGAGUGAUAUCGAUCAUGAAGGUUAUGGCUAGUUCCAAACAAAACCUCAUCACUCUAUUCUUCUUUUACUUCUUCUUCUUUGCUAGCUCAUUAAACAUUAAUCCAGAAAACAGUAGUCCUACUAGUACUACUACAGCUGAAACCAUAUGCAACUCUACUCCAUAUCCAUCUGAAUGCAUAUCCAAUCUACUCCCACCUCAAAAACUCGGCACCGUACGAGAUUUUUGCAUUCACUUUAUCCAUAAAUCCUUAACAACCACACAACAAUUUCUUUCACUUCUAAACUCAUACCUAAACCGACACCGUCAUCGUCAUGGUGCUGAUGAUUUUCUCACAAUACCACUACUGUCGGAACCAAUCAUUGGAGCACUCCAAGAUUGUCACCUUCUCGCAGAGCUAAGCCUCGAAACAUUAUCAAAAACAUACCAAACUCUCAACUCCACAAACAAUAAUUUAAUAAACAGCUUUGAAUUAGCCGAAGAGUUUCAUACUUUUCUCAGCGCAGUUUUGACCAACACACAAACUUGCCUGGAAGGCCUCGAAGAGGUUGUGGGGGACUCUCCAUCUAAUCCCCUUACUAAAGUCAUCUCGGUCGCUCUCUCUGGUGGGACCAAGCUUUAUAGUAUAUCUCUAGCUCUUUUCAAGCACGGUUGGGUUGAUGAUGUUAGCUAUAAUAAUAAUCAACCAUCGACGUCGGCCAUAGUAGGGGGCCGCCGUGGAAAGAGGCUGCUUCAGGUGGGUUUGGGAGGUGUUUUAGUGGGUGAGAGUGUGGUGGUUAAUCGAAAUGGAACUGGAAAUUUUAGUACUAUUAAUGCGGCAGUGGCCGCAGCGCCUAAUAGGUCAGCUAAUAGUAACAUUACAUCUUACUUUGUAAUUUACGUGGCUGGUGGAGUUUACGAGGAGUAUGUUUCUAUACCAAGUAACAAAAUGAAUUUGAUGUUGAUUGGAGAUGGUAUUAACCAGACUCUGAUUACUGGGAACAGAAGCGUCGUUGAUGGUUGGACCACAUAUAAUUCGGCAACAUUUGCCGUAGUUAGCCAAGGGUUUGUGGCCAUAAACAUAACGUUCAGAAACACGGCGGGAGCCAUCAAGCACCAGGCGGUGGCCGUGAGAAACGGCGCUGACUUGUCGGCCUUUUACAGCUGCAGCUUCGAAGGGUAUCAAGACACCUUAUACGCCCAUUCCCUCAGGCAAUUCUACCGAGACUGCGACAUUUACGGCACUAUUGACUUCAUAUUCGGUAACGCCGCCGUUGUGUUGCAGAACUGCAACAUCUAUCCGAGGAAGCCACUGCCCAGACAAUUCAAUGCCAUUACAGCCCAAGGCCGGAGCGACCCCAAUCAGAACACCGGAACUUCGAUUCAGAAUUGCAAUAUAAGGGCUGCUCAAGACUUGGUCACGGCUAAUAAUAGUACUAGAACGUUCUUAGGAAGGCCGUGGGGGGAGUUUUCAAGAACAGUGUUUAUGCAAUCUUACAUGGAUAGCGUAAUUGACCCAGUUGGUUGGAGAGAGUGGUCAGGAAAUUUCUCUCUGGCGACUCUGUAUUAUGCAGAGUUUAAUAAUUCAGGGCCCGGAUCUAAUACCAGUAGCAGGGUUAAAUGGCCGGGUUACCGUGUCAUAAGUACUUCUUUAGAAGUUGUUAACUUUACUUUGUCAAGUUUUAUUAUGGGAGAUUCUUGGUUGCCGACAACUGGGGUGCCUUACACCAAUGGAUUACUUUGACUUUUAGUAAUUGAGUUUGUACUACUUCUACUUCACUGUCUUUUUUUCUUUUGGUUCUUUAAGUUAUAAAAUGGUAUAUAUAUUUUCUCAA